UAUAAUUAUUAAUUCAAUAAGUAUUAAUAUAUAUUUCAAAUAUCAAAUUAAAAUAUUGAAAAAGUAAAUUAAUAUAUAUUUUUCAAAAGGUCGAUUGCUUGAGGAUCAAAAUAUAAAAGCUUGGGCCCGGUCCUAGAUUAGCCCGAGUAUCCAUCUCGCGAUGCCAAUCAGUCCCCACACACAAUGCACGAUGAGCAAUGCCAAGAGAAUUAUCCUGGUUUCAUAGGCGUGUUACACACCUUGUCGUAUUUCUUGACCGUAUUUGUCGUACCACACCCCUCUAGUUUCGCAUUCUUCGUCUUUUUCCUUUUCAUUCCCAACAUUAACCUUGAUUUCCGAGAACGACGGCCGACUUCAUUGAACUCGGCAUAGAAGCGACUGAUAGAUGCAUCGAUAAACACUUUGACAAGCUUCCUGACAAAGCACUACACUCGGAGACAUACUGUCCGCGGAAUAUCAAAAAUGUAAUUGCUGGAAAACUGCGAGAUGAUGGUCUUGGCGCAGAUGAAAGUGAAAGCGAUGACCACACGUUAGACGAGAGAAUCUAUCGUGGAAAAGAACAUAGAAGCCGUCAGAGUCUCAAUGAAGGUCAGGAAAAGCGAUUUGAGCCAAAUUAUAGUUAUCGAAGCGAAGAUGCUACAUAUGAACAAGAUCGGCCAUAUCCAUAUGACAAUUCUCCACCACCAUCACGAAACAGGAGAGGUGAUGACGACUCCGGUAAUAACUCGUCAUUACCUUCUCGUCGAAAUCACCGUCAGCAGGAUUUGCGUCGGAGGAGCUCAUUACCUCAAGACGAAAUAAGGUCAAGAGAUUUGGCUGACGGUCGAGAGUAUGAGGAUAGAAAAGAGACUCGGAGUAACGGAAGAAGGUAUACUGUGGACGAGAGCAACGAUUUGCCUCACAGACGAACAUCCAAAUCAAGAAACAAAGCUUCGGACAACGAAGCAGGCUUGAGAUAUGGUGCCGUUGGUGCAAUGUUUGGUAGAUUAGCAGCUAAAGAGCUAGCAGCUAAGAAAACUAAAGGUGGCAGUAAUGAUAAGGUUGCGCUUGCGAUGCUUGGAGUGGCUGUGGGUGCCUUUCGCAGGUAAAUCAGUUGGGGAACGGGUACAUGAAGAUAAAGGAAAAACAGAGCGAUACCAUCGCCAGGAUAAAUAUGAUAGGGAGUAUAAUACAAACUCACCAUAUUAAAGAGUAGAUGUUACCUAAUGAAUAGAAGCCGUCUAUGACCAUAAAAUUAUCGCUAAAAUUCACUGAUUAG